ACUCAAUUAUGUCAAACAGUGGCGAAUGUUUUUCCCAAUUGUAAUUUUGCUUAUUUUGGAAUUAAGCUGCAUAUAAUACCAAAAGUUACUUCGUACCUGAUUUGUUUUUGUGGUCAGAUUUAUAUUUUUUUUACUCCGUGUAUUUUUUUGCACCAAGAAUAUUUAGAAGUUUUUCUCAAAGUUCGUUAUAGAAAAUCGGCUUUCGUUUCCUGAUCGAAAAACUGUUAGUUUUUGUGAAGGUCUGCCCCACAGGAACAAUGACAACUUUUAUGAAAUAGAUAGAAGUCAUUAAAAAAAGUGCCAAGUACAUAUUGAAAUUAAAAUGAAUGUAGUGAAAGGAUAUAGUGAUAAUCGAAAUCACCCAUCACCACCACCACCCAUCACCACAUCUAUUUGUCGAUUCUAUAUUAAGGGAAUGUGUAGAUUUGGAAAUCAGUGUAGAAAUAUUCAUGAAAAUAACCUGCAAAGUCAUAACAAAUGGAAGUCGCCACAAAAUCUUCAAUCAUAUGAUCGAAGGUCACCAGGGAACAAGGCAAAAACAUAUAGAACUAGCGGAAAGUUUAGUAGGCCUUGUUCUUCAUCAGAGGGACCAGAGGGACCAUCUCACUCUUCAGUAGCUAUGACUAGAACUAGGAAGGAGUUAGACUUUGGUCCAAGUACAAGUACUGCUGAAGAAGCUGUUGCUUUAGUUCAGAGAACACAAUCUUUAGAAAAAACUUGUGGAAUUUGUUUUGAUACCAUUCUUCAAAAAUCAAACAAAAAACACAGAACAUUUGGAAUCCUACCAAACUGUGUCCAUUGUUUCUGUUUUACAUGUCUAAGAAAAUGGAGACAGAGUAAGGAGUUUGAUUUUGAGGUGUCCAAAGCCUGCCCUGAAUGUCGAACAUCAUCUGACUAUGUUUAUCCCAGCAAAUUUUGGUUAGAAACUAAAGAAGAAAAAGAUACAUUUAUUUCGAAAGAAAAAUCUCGAAUGCAGAAAAUAGAUUGUCGGUAUUUUAGAAAGGGUGGUGGAGUCUGCCCAUUUGGAAACACCUGCCUUUAUCUACAUGCACUUCCAAGUGGUAAGGUAUUAGAUGUUGGCCCACCACAACCACGUCGUAGGAGAACUUCCAAUCUCGAUCAUGAAUUGAUACAUCAAAUACUUUUUUGGCUCAAUGAUGACUUAGUUGAAGAGGUUGAUUUUGAUGAUGAUUUUGACCCUGAUGAUUUAGAUCUGAGUGAUCCUUUCGAUAUUGAUAUUCUUCAAUACAUGGCUGUUAGCUCCCGACGAUGAUGGUGAUAAUUUUUUUUUUAAGUUGGCGAAAUAAUUCCCAACAAUUGUCAUUACUCGCUGAAUAUUGUAAUGCUUAUUAAUUAUUUUUUUGUUAUUUGGGUCCUGUCUUACAAUUUCUAUAAAUAAGUUACUUUGCGAUACCUUUUAUCAUUAUUAUUAGUGUAUGAAAUGUGAUUAUCAUUCUACUAAAGAAAAUAAAGUUAACACAAAAUUAUAAUGAUGAAAAUUUGUGUUCUGAAUUGA